UCAUUAAUUAUAACUGAUAUCAACCAAUGUUACGACAAAGCGCGAUUAUAGUGUUUGAUACUUGUACUCGAUAGUAUUAAGUAAUCUGGCUCUGAUCAUCUUUGUUCUUAGUGUAAGGGUAAUCUAAAUGGUUCAAACGUGAAAACAAAAGUAUUCAGAGAACAAGUUGUCUGCUGCUUGCAAGGGAAAGGUUGAGGCUUCAUAUUAUUUGCUUACGAAAACAAUUUGCUUUUUUUCCCAACUUACAGACAGAUUCAUCAGAGAUUUGAUGUUGGUUAUUAUCUUGCCCUUGUUCAUAGCUGCUGCAUUUAUAUUGGCUGUUUGCUUAAAGUUUCAGCCAAUAUGUAAAUCAAAACAGAAGAAAGAAGAGAUUGAGCUCUCUAAGGAAGUUGGAGACUGGGCCGAAAUUCCUAGGUCAGAUGUUACUCUCCAAGACAAGCUGGGGGAAGGUGCGUUUGGGGAAGUUUACAAAGGCUUAGUGCGCGUGGGUGGAAAAGAGAGAGCAUGCGCAGUAAAAAAACUUAAAGCAAAUGCUGCCGAGACGGAGAGACGAGACCUAUUGAACGAGCUUGCAGUCAUGGUCACAGUUGGUGAACAUCCUAAUGUCUUAAGUCUCAUUGGAGCUUGUACCAGGACUGAGUCAGUCUUGGUGAUUAUUCGUUUGGCCCCAAAUGGCUGUUUGUUAGAUCAACUGAAGAGGAACAGAGAAAAUCCAUAUUACGAUGUUUCGAAAAAACAAAUAAACUUCACGCCCCAGGACAAAGUGGAGGUUGCAAGAGAUGUAGCACGUGGAAUGCUACACCUCGCCAGCAAAAAGUGUGUUCAUCGUGACCUUGCAGCAAGAAACGUGCUUCUUGACGAGGAGAAUGUUGCCAUGGUUUCCGACUUUGGCCUGUCACGUGAUGUGUACGAAAGUGGAGAAUACGAAAGUACAACCGGGGGAAUGUUACCAGUUCGUUGGAUGGCUCUGGAGUCUUUGGAGGAUUACACCUACAACACGAAGACAGACGUAUGGUCCUUUGGAGUUUUAUUAUGGGAGAUUGAAUCUGGAGGUAAAAUGCCGUAUUCUGGCCUUGGUGGAAUGGAAAUAAUCGAAUUUCUGAAAGCAGGACAAAUAUUAGCUAAGCCGGAUGGAUGCCCGGAUGAAAUCUACGAUAUCAUGAAGUCAUGCUGGAGUUUGGAUCCUACAAAGCGUCCAUCAUUUUCUGAGCUGCUGGAAUCUCUCGGGGAAGAAAGAAAGACCAAAGGCGAUUUCGUGGAAGAUAAGGACUGUCUUGAACCGGAGUUCAAGGGACGUACAAAUUUCUCAAUAGACCAGAGUAAUGACUUAGAUGGAGAAACUGCCAUAUAGCUUAAAGAGCUUUUGUAUCAUUGUUAGCCCAUCCAUCUCUCAACGUAGGAGGUAAUAACAAUGAUCCCUAAAGAAAAUUCCGACCUACGCGAGCUAUCAAACUGGCGACCUAUAACUUUGUUAAAUGUAGACUAUAAAAUUGCAUCAAAAGCCAUUGCAUUGAGAAUAGAAAAAUUUCUUUCCGUACGUAAUUAACAGCAAUCAGACGGGCUUCAUGAAAGACAGGUUCAUUGGGCAAAAUACUAGAUUAAUUAAUGAUAUAAUGGAACAAACGGAACAACAAGACAUCCCCGGUAUACUUCUUUUAUUGGACUUUAGGAAAGCCUUUGAUACAAUAGAAUGGAACUUCAUCCAGCAAACUCUGAAUCUUUUCAACUUUGGACCCUUCUUAGAACAGUGGAUUAAAACGCUCUAUACAAAUUCCGAAAGUGCAGUCUCACAUAAUGGAUUCACAACAGAUUUUUUUAAAGUAUCAAGGAGAGUUAGACAAGGAUGCCCUCUCUCCCCGUAUCAAUUUAUUUAGGGGGUGGAAAUAUUGGCUUUUAAGAUAAGGAAAGAUAACAAAGUGGAGGGGAUUAAACUAUUCCAGACCGA